GCACAAACGACGCUCUACUCGUCAGUCAGUCGCUUACCGAUUGUAAGAGUGGAAGGAAGGUAUUAUCAUGUCGGAGGUAUUCAAACUAGGUGAUCUAGUAUGGGCGAAGAUGAAAGGAUUUUCGCCUUGGCCUGGCCGGGUGUCUAAUCCUUCAAAGGAGUUAAAGAAACCAACAAAUACUAAGAAGGGGCCAGUUCAAUGUAUUUUCUUCUUUGGAACAAAUAAUUACGCAUGGAUAGAGGAAUCUAAUAUAAAGCCAUAUCUAGAAUAUAAAGACACUCUUGUAAAAUCUAGUAAAUCUGGUGCAUUUAAGGAUGCAGUAGAAGCAAUAGAAGAAUUUAUUGCUAAUGGAGAGGUGUUUGAGGAUGGUUUAGAUCCAGACUCAUUAUUCGACAGACUUAAAGAAGAAAGUAUAUCAGAGAAGAAGAACGUAGUAAAAACACCCAAGCCUCGUAAGGAAACACCAAAAACUAAAAGAUUAGACACUAGUGGAAGUGAUGCUCGUCGUCCAGCCAAAAAACAACGCAGAGAGUCAAGUACAAGUAAUAGUAAUAGGAUUGGAAGCAUUAGUCCUGCAUUGAAUCACUCAUCCCCUCCUAGAAAAUCGGGAUCAACUCUUCUCAAUAGGCCAGCAAAUAUUGCAAGACCUGUAACACCACCCUUGGAUGUAGAAACAUUGUCACAAACUCUUAAGGAGAAAAACAUCCUUCCGUCGACCUUGAAAUUUGGGUUCCUUGGUUUGGGUAUAAUGGGAAGCGGCAUCGUAAAAAACCUGAUCAACAGUGGUCACAGUGUAAUUGUAUGGAAUCGGACACAGGAGAAGAUGCACCUUUUGGCCGUAUGCGGAAAAUAUCUUUGUAUGAUGCAAUGGCGUCGUUUGCUGAUGUGGCAGCAAGUCUGGAAACGUUUAGCUUCGAACCGGAGAGAAACGAUGUACGUGACAAGAAUGGCGACGAAAAUGUGUGCAGAUUUUGUGAAAGCAGGCGCAGAACAAGGUUUAACCCCAUCCGACGUGGUACUCGCUGCCGAUAUUACAUUUUCGUGCGUAGCUGAUCCUCAGGCUGCUAAAGAUAUGGUGUUUGGAAACUGUGGGGUGCUCACAGAAAUAUCACCAGAGAAAGGAUACGUGGAGAUGACCGGUAUAGAUGCGGAGACAUCGCAAGACAUCGCGGAAGCAAUAACCGCAAAGGGUGGCCGCUACUUAGAGGCUCAAGUACAAGGUAGCAAAACACAAGCACAAGAGGGUACUCUGGUGAUCCUCGCGGCUGGUGAUCGAACUCUUUUCGACGAGUGUCAGUCUUGCUUCGAGGCGAUGGGCAAAAACAGUUUUUACCUGGGCGAAGUUGGUAACGCUUCUAAAAUGAACCUCGUGCUACAACUGAUGGCGGGUGUAACUCUUGCCGGUUUGGCGGAGAGCAUGGCUCUUGCGGAUCGCGCUGGUCUUCAACAGAAGGACGUACUCGAGGUCCUGGAACUGACAUCGUUAGCUUGUCCCGCGAUCCUUGACAAAGGAAAAGCAAUCAUCGAGGGUGGUUUUCCAACGCAGUUACCGCUGCAGCAUAUGCAGAAAGACUUGAGACUCUCCUUAGGUAUGAGCGAUCAACUGGAACAACCAUUACCGCUGGCUGCCGCGGCGAACGAGGUGUACAAACACGCGAAACGGCUUGGCUAUGGUGAACACGAUGCUUCCGCCGUUUACAUCAGAGCCAGGUUCUAACGGAGCAUGCAUCGUCAAAGCUUUUGCUAUACCAUAUUUAUUGCAAUAUCUAACGUUGUUUCCCGUCGCUACUGGAGAAGAAAAGUGCGCCGUUUAUCGGCGGAGGGGCAGUGAACAGAAAAGCACCGCUCGCGAGACGCCGCACGAAACACGUCAUUCAUUUCAAUGUGUCGUACACAUUUGUUGAGAAUUAGACUAAGUUCUGUUAAUUGUAAAACCAUGAUGAAUGAAACCAAAUCUUGACCGAUAUUGAACGUGUGCAACAACAUAAACUUUAUGCACAUUAAACGAUCGACGAAGGCUAUAUAUAUAUAUAUUAUAUAUAUGUAUACAUAAAAUAUGUACUUGUACUUUUCCUUUUUUUUUUACACUUUUUUUUCUCUUUCUUUCAAGGAGGGCCCCCUUUUGCGUACGUAUACAAGAACAGUUUUUCACUUGGCGACUACUUUUCUCGACAAAACAGCGUGAAUCUUCGAACAGAGUCGAUCUCUCGAGUCGCUUCCCGACUUCGAUCCCGUUUGAACGCACCCCUCGCUUCAUGAUUUUAGAGACUUGGGACGUGUUGAAAAUGUGCCUUACGAUACUGUUUGAAGCAAGGCUUUCUGUUUUUUUCUUAAACUAUAGGAUCAAAAUCUCGAAUACUUUUUUGGUGACGCAGUUCUAGGAUCGCAUUCGUUUUCUUUAUUUUUCCUGUUCACGUUAAAACUGUUAACGGGACGAUGCGUACGAGAACGACAAUUGUUAUAAAAGAAGAUAGAUUAUACACUUUAUUCGUGCAAUUGUAUAAUUUAAAGAGACAUAGUUCUCGAAUUUGUAAAGAAAUUUGGUAGUAUUUUAGAAGCGACCGUUGAGCAGAAUAAUUAGAUGAUGCGAGAUGGCCAUCGUUUAUGCUAUUUCCUUCUUUAAAUCCGCAAUUUUCUUCUACGGUUAAAGGAGAAUUUUACAUUUUUAAUCGGUUCAUGUUAUCGAUCAUGUAAAUUAUCCUGAUAUGUUUAACGAGAAGCGAUGAAUAAUCGUAUCGGUCAUUUGAUAUCAUCGAAUUAUUCGUCCUGGGAAACUUCUGAUGCAUACACACGACGAACCGGACGUGAAAAUUUCAAUUGUGACUAGCGAUCGAUAAUUUGGCGCUUAGCGCGUUUUCAUCUCUUUGCUUUCAACGACGUGGCUAAUUAACGGAUCGGCCGAAAGCAGCGAUUAAAUAACAUUCACGAGAGUGACAAAAAUAUGAAUUAUAAUAUUAUGUACAUUAGAAUGUAGGUAAUCAAAUCAAACACGUUUUUCCUUUAUUAGUUAAUAUUAUAAUUACAAAUCGUUUGUUCGUAAAAUAUAGGUUUGCAUUAAAUGUUGACAUGGUAUUAUCGAGUUGUUGCAAUAACAAUAUUAGAUAUUUUUAACCAAUUGCCAUCCCAACAUGUGUCACGCUCGAACACCGAAGCGUACAUGCUUUACUUUGAGAAAUUCUAUUUGUUCCAACUUGCACGCACCCACACGAACAAUUUUUUAUAUUUAUAAAAUAAAACUUAAUGCUGAUACUAAGAUUUUUUAUAAAUUUUGAACCUUGAACGUAUAUCGAAACAAUUUGCAAUAAUAACGUGCUCCUUCGCGAUAUACCAGAUUUUAAGAUCAUUUUUUACAAGAAAGGUUGAGGGUAUUUUCUGGGUAAGUUGGAGGGCAAGUAAGUGGCACUUCCAUUUCCCAGGACGGUCGUGCGAGUCUCACGAGCAACACGCGUCGAAGUCGAGGGCGUUCGAAAGGUUUAGCGAAACGAUCUGUUUCGGAGUCAAUCAUACGAGUUUACCUUUAUCGGUUAGCGAGAAAUCGACAUGUUUGUUCUUCCGCGUUACUUGGUGGCGAGAAAAUACAUGUUACUCGCGAACUUUCUCCCUUAGAGAAUCGGUAAAUAUUUUUCUAGAUGUAGGUAGCUUAGCAUUAACGGGAAUCGGUUUCGCUGCGACGAAGAUAAACAUCGAGCAAACAAACGAUUGAUUUUUUUUUUUUAAUAAUGAAUUGAUGCAUAUAUUCCAUAGAUAUUUUUAAACGAAAUCUGAUUUUCUGUUUUAUUACGUAAGGAAAGCUCGUGUUAUUUGCUCGCGUCUAUUAGAACAAUUUUGGGUGCAUGGAAAGUCGGUGUACCGCAUAGAAAAAACAGCGGCUAUGACGCCCAUAUCACACAUACUGUAUAUGUAAUUAGACUAUCAAUAGAAUUCUAAUGUUACAAUGGUACAUUGUACAUGAUACGAAAUGAAACAGGAAUGAUGGAAAUAGAAAAUAUUAAAUAUUAUUAAAGUAAAGAAAAAAUCUAUAUAUAUAAAUAUACAUAUAGUUAGUAUAAAGAGUAUAAAUCACGGAGAGAGAGGAAUACGUAUGAAAGGAAUCGAGCGAAUGAUACUGCGUUAUGAGCAUUGCGUCAAUAAUUGACGUUAUAUGUUUUGUCACGAAAUACACUGGUUUUUGAAUAAAUAUCUAUUUGAAUUACGAACGUUUAUAUUUAA